CUUAAGUGAAGCUAUCAAUAAUCAAUGUAUAACAGAUAAUUCAACUACCUAACCUAAUACACCAAAUCCUAUAGUUAACAAGAAAAAUAACAAAGGGUCCAUGUUUUAAUAACGGAUCUCCAUGCUAUCCGCAUUGCGCAUCCAACUUAAAAGUCCUUCUCUCGGUACCGCCGUACGACGUACGCAAUUCAGCCGAGCUCGGUAUUUCGGCAAUAUGACAGAAUCUCAAGAUGUUAUCAUUAAAGAAUUACAAAAGUACACAACCUGCGACGUCUCAGACGCCUUAUGCAAGCUCAAAUACCGUAAUGGCGGGUUUUUAUCCGGCUUGACCAUGUGGUCCCCUCAACGCCAGGAUGGUCCUACCAAGAUCGUAGGCCCGGCUUAUACUGUUAAGUACGUGCCGUUAGACGAUCCCUCGCCUAAACAUCCAACCCACUAUAUUGAUACAGUACCUAAGGGCGCUGUAGUCUUUGUUUCUUGCCCUCCCAAAACUCCGAAUGCCGUGUACGGAGGCUUAAUGUCGGCUCGCGCCCGAGUUAGGGGCGCCGUCGGGUCUAUCAUCGACGGACGCUUCCGUGACUUGCAAGAGCAGCGUGAAUUAGAGUACCCGAUCUUUGCCCGUGAGACGGGGACGGCACCUCCGGCUGAACUACUCAAGGUAGCUGCCGUAAACGUGCCUGUGAAACUGCAAACAGACGAGCAAGAUAUGGAUAUUCGACCGGGAGACUAUCUAAUUGCGGACUUGAACGGCGUCGUCGUCUUACCUGCUGAGCUGGCGGAGCAAGCCUUACCACUGAUGCAGAAGCAGGUUGACGCGGAUGAUAAGAUGGCAGAGGCGAUCAAGAAAGGGAUGAGCUUUGUCGAGGCCAGUAAGAAGUUCAGAUAAGCCUGGAACCUAGCUUAGAAUUGUAGACCGGAAAGAUGAGACCUGCGUAUCAACUUUCUAGAGCAUCUCAUGAACUUCAUUUAUGAUAUAAUUCUAAUUUUUAGGAACAAGACGAUAUUUGAAUACUAGUAAAACAUGAAUCAUACCC